CACUUUUUGUGCUAAGCAACAAUUGUCACCAGCCUAUAUAUAGAGAGAGAUUCUACAUAGCUAGCAACAAUAUACGAGAAUUUUCAUUGGUUGAUUCAUUUAACAAGGCGGAUGCGGUAUUUUCAAAGCAGAGAUCUAAAAUCUGUAAAGUUAAAAAAUGACAGAUGACAAAGGGAAAACUAUUCCUGUUAUGGUGGCACUGCGGUGCCGCCCACUUAUUGAUAAAGAAGUGAAGGAAGGUUGUCAGCCUUGUCUUCAAGUAAUAUCAGGAGAGCCUCAAGUUGUUCUAGGCAAAGAUCGAGCCUUUACUUACGAUUUUGCUUUUGCACCUAAUGAUCCACAAGUGGAUGUCUAUAGCAAAGCAUGCAAAAAGCUUAUAGCAAGCAUUUUUAAAGGUUACAACGCUACUAUUUUGGCUUAUGGUCAAACUGGCUCAGGGAAAACCUUCACAAUGGGUGGAUGCUAUAAGUCAUCACUGGAAGGAGAUGAAGAUGACAUGGGAGUCAUUCCUAGAGUUCUGAGAGACAUAUUUAAAAAUAUCAAUGACAACUGCAAUAUGGACUAUACAGUGACGGUUUCCUACAUUGAGAUCUACAAUGAAGACUUGAAUGACUUGUUAUGCUCAGCAUCACAGAGGGAGCAGCUUAGUAUUAGAGAAGAAACCAAUGGUGGCAUUAAAAUUCAGGGUUUAAAGGAAGUGGAGGUCAAAAGCUUUGAGGAGACGAUGAAAUAUUUGAGUGAAGGGUCCCAAAGCAGAACAACUGGAGCAACAGCCAUGAAUAACACCUCUAGUCGCUCUCAUGCCAUUUUUACUGUUAACAUUGACCAGCGAAAGAAGGAUGACAUAAAUGACUGCUGCAAAGUCAAAUUUCAUCUGGUUGACCUGGCCGGUUCAGAAAGAUGUAAACGCACCCAAGCUGAAGGAGAGAGAUUUAAAGAAGGUGUUAAUAUUAACAGAGGCCUGUUAGCAUUAGGUAAUGUUAUAAGUGCUCUUGGUGAGGAGGGAACCAAACGAAGUCACAUACCUUACAGAGAUUCUAAACUGACAAGAAUACUACAAGAUUCGCUGGGAGGGAAUAGCCACACCCUGAUGAUAGCUUGUGUAAGCCCUGCUGAUUCCAAUAUUGAGGAGACACUUAAUACUCUGAGAUAUGCUGACCGUGCCAGAAAGAUCAAGAACAAGCCAAUCAUUAACAGAGAUCCACAAGCAGCAGAAAUAAUGAGACUGAAGACUUUGGUACAACAGUUACAGGGUCAACUUUUACAAGGAGGAAUAAGCUUGUCUACUGUGAAGUCUGACACCAGUAUGAGCGUGUGCAGCAGUAACACUGUGGUGUCAACAGCUGACACCAGCGCAGAAGAAAUAGCGAAGUUGCAUGAGAGAAUCAAAACUUUGGAAGCAGAAAACUAUCACCUGACGAAAGAGCUUCAGCAUGCAGUUGGUCAGAGCACACACAUGUUGGAUCAGGUGGUCAAACUGGAAGCUAGUAAUGAAAAGUUGAAACUGACAAUCAAUCAAGUUAAAGACUAUGUUGGAAUUGACUUGGACCUUUUGAGUGCUAGUAUGGAUUUGGAAAACAAUCCACAGUUAAAAGCUGAAAUUCAAAAAUUACAAAAGCUAACUCAAUCUGUAAGAGAUGUGUCCUGUCAGUUUGAGGAUGAAGAAAAUGAAGAAGAAAAUAAAGAUGAAUUGGAAUCAAGUGAUGAUGAAAAUGCAGCUACAGAAGAAAUGAUGCAGACCCCAGAUUCAAGAGCCAUUGCUCAGAAGCAUGUGCUGAGGCAAGCUGAGCUUCACAGAGAACUGAAUGAGAUCAACAAAAUGCUGACCAGCAAACUAGCCCUGGCUGAGAAAAUGAGCAAGGCAGAUGAAGAGAUGGAUAGCAUGAGGCAAAAGUACGACGAGAUGGCCAAAGAAUUUAAAGCUAAGACAGAGCAGCUAGAGAGAGAAAAGGAGGAACUCACUGUUACACUUCAAGAUGCUCAAACCAAUACUAAUGCUGCCAAAGUGGCUGAACAGAGAAGACAAAGACUUAGAGAAUUGGAGCAGCAGAUGGCACAGCUAAAGAAAAAGAUUUCUGAACAAAGUAAAAUUGUUAAAAUGAAAGAAUCCUCGGACAAACAAGUUUCUCGUCUUAGUGUUGAAAUACAGAGUUUAAAACAGCAACGUGUAAAGCUUUUGAAACAAAUGAAAGAAGAAAUGGCUAAUUUCCAGAAAUGGAAAAAAGAAAAGGACAAAGAAGUUUUGCAGUUGCAACAGAAAGAUAGAAAACGUGAAUUUGAACUUCAGCGAUUGAAAAAAGAGUUUGAAAAACACCAGUCUGUUCAAAAGAGGAAAACUGCAGAGGCCAUUGCUGCAAAUAAACGUCUAAGAGAGGCGCUAGCAAAGCAGAAAGAGGUUGAAACAGAGAGAACAGGAAAACUUGAAAAGUAUGACUCCACUAGUAUUGGUAAUCGUGUGAGGAAAUGGUUAAGCCAUGAACUUGAUGUCAAGGUGAGCAUGAGGGAAGCCCAGUAUCAUCUUGCUCAACUGAUGGAAAACAGAAAGAACCUGACAGAGCGUCUCAGAUAUUUGUCAGAUCAACUUGAGGAUGGUCCACUCUCAAAGAAAUUCUCUUGGCUUGGAGAAAAUGGUGAACCAGAUGAAAUCAGUUUUGAGGAGAAAGAAAUCAAAAAGCAAAUGACAUCUCUUGAACUUGACAUUGAAUUAAUUAAUGCUCAUAUCCAAGAAUUACAACAAAAAAUUGUUGACGCAGAUCAAGAAUCAAAAGGAAAAUCCACAUGGCAAAGUCUGCAUACAAUGAAUGAAGCCAAAUGUGCCUUAAAGUUUCUGUUAGAUCAGGCUGUGUCAGCCAGGGCUGAUAGUAUAAAGGCAAGCGGAGAGUUAAGAACAGUUCAAGAUAAAGAAAAGGAAGAUGAGGACACAGUGAAAGAGUUGAAGGCUACAAUCAGCAGACUACAGAGCAAACAUGAAAGAGAAUUGAACAAAAUAACAAGAGAUCAUGAUGAAAAGACACUCUUCUUGUUAAAUGCUGAUAAUCCAAAUGGAGGAAAAAUUACAGAUGCCAAACUUAAGGACAAAGCUAAACUCUUGGCUCAGAAACUUGAAUCAACAGAGGAACAGCUGAGAUCAAAAGAAAAAGAGUGUGAAAUAAUGCAACAGCAAAUUACAAGAAUGAUGUAUAAAACAAAAGGUUUCCACUUGUUGCCUGACUUGAAUGAUACAUCUUCUCCAUUUUUAAAUCCCAUGCCAAAGGAAGAGCCUAGUUCCAGCUCCCUAAACAGUACCUUUGUUGUUGAUGAGAUCCAACCCCCUGCUCAGCAAGAGGUCAAACCGUUGCGCAAAACUCGGAACAAAGCACUGACCAAGCAGGAAAGCUCAUCAGAUAGUUCUCUAGAGAAUAUUGCUGAGAAGGGUGAAAAGGAAAAUAAAACCAAGGGCAGGCUCAGAAUGAAGAAACCCCCAGUGAAGAAGCUGCAGUCUAUUACUGAUACUGAUGAUAAAGAAGCAGACAUUCUAGAAGAAGCUAAAAAGUCUCCAGGUUUUCUUAAAAGACGUUCAGGUGAUGACCCUGAUGAUAUUGAAAUCAACACAAGCCAAGAAAGGAAGAGAAGGAAGCGAACACUUAUUCCUAAUGCUGGUAGAUUCUUCAAUGAUUUGACAGACUGAUGAUGGAAGAUUCUUUAAUGACUUGACAGACUAAUAGUGGUAGAUUCUUUAAUGACUUAACAGACUAAUAAUGGUAGAUUGUUCAAUAAUUUGACAGACUACUAAUGUCAGAUUCUUCAAUGACCUGACAUACUAAUGAUGGUAAAUAAUGUAAUAGACAAUUUCGUUGAUAGUUGCCUUGGAUCUGAUCAAUGAUCAAAACUAGUGCCUAUGAUUUGAAAGCCUAUGUUUUCACCCAUAUGGAUUGACAACUGACCCACUUUUUUGGACUGUGUAAUUUAAAGAAUCAUUUGUAUAUAUUUAUUUAACUUUGUCUCAUCAAAUUAUUACAUUCUAUGUGUUGUUUAUUUGAUGAUACUAUUUUGUAAAUAUUCCUGUGCAGUCAUUAGAUUUACAUAAAUAUACAUAGAUUUGUAAAUAUAUAUUUUCUUAUGUUGAUAUGUUUUUAAAACAUUUAUGUUUAUAGUUUAGAUUUUUUUUUUUUUGCUACAGUGUUUGUUUUUUAAUUGGUCUCUGUCAUUCCAAUGCUCAUAGAGGCUGCAGUUGUACACACAUGAAAUGUAGAAGCUAAAUCAUCUUUUAUACACUUCUAAAUAAUGUUUAUAUUGGUUAACACUGUAUGAAUGAAAGAUGUAAGUUGAACUACUUAGUGAAAGAAAGAGGGAAAUUGUUUUGUUUUGAUAAACAAAUGAUUUGUAAAAUGUUGAGUGAAAGAAUAAAAUAGUUAACCACCCCCCUAUUACUAUGCUAUGCUAUUGGGCGCAUUGGACAGCAUGCUGUCAUUGUUAUCCUUUAUGCAAAUAGUUUUUUAAAAAGUGAAAGUCUUAUGAGACAAACCUGUACAUCAUGAAAAAACAACUUACCAGCCAAGUGUGCCUAGUAUUUUACAAAUAUACAAUGCUCUUUGCCAAAUAUGAAAGAUAUAAUAGUAUCUUUGAUUAUUUUUAUUGUAAUAAAGGGAAACUUUUUUUUUUAUUUGUAAAACUAAAUUUUAUAAGUUAUAGAAAAUUUUUUUUAUUAGAAAUUGACAACACAUGAUAAAAUGUCCGCAUGCAAGUAUUUCUACUUUUCUUUUUAAAUAUUGUAUUUUUUACAUUUUUGUUUAGGGCCUAUUACAUUGUUCAAAAUAUUCUAGUUACAUUUUGUUUUGUUGUCAAUGAAUGUUACUAUCUUGGUAACCAGGUUAUCUGUAUUAGGUUUGUUGAUGACAUUGUAUUGAUAGAGAGUGAAUUGAUAUAACUGAGCAAAUGAAUUCCAUUUUUUUUUUUCAGAAAGUCUAUGUGAAGAACAUCAGUAUCAUUGUAACAGUUUUUGAUAUGAAUGUUUUUUAAAGUAUGUAUGUUUCUGGGUGAUCUGUGCUACUUUGGUUUAGAAAAUUAUUCACAUGGUAAAUGGUAUUUAGAUUUUGUUUUGCUUAACUGUAGGCCUAAUAGGAACUUGAGGCCAUUAUUAAAUAGAUUUAACAAUAUUUAUGUUGUUAAAGAAUAAAGGAAGUUUUUCAAAUUAAA